CAAAGGAGGAAUCCUUUCAAGGACCCACUUUAUGGCACAAUCAACGGUGAAUGAUGUUCAAACAUGCACAAAUGACACAGAGGGGCCCCCUCCAUUGGUAUGUGUGGGACUUGAGUCGAUUAGGCGUCGGACUCGGGCAUCAUUACCGGAUAAGAAAGCCACAUCUGAGCCCAUCAUUAGCAGCACAAACAACAGACAACCUCCUUGAAUCCAGAUAACUAAUCAUAGAUCGCAAGAUCUCUGGUGGAUAGAGCAACAUAUCUGAUAAUUGUUGUUGUUGUGGAUCACAGCAGGUUCCUUGUAUCUUAAGUUUGUUGGGUAAGAGUCCAAGCCAGUUAGGUUUCCUCAGAUAGAUGUAAACGAUGCUGCAUUCGUAUGGGAAUAUGGUGGCCGUAGUUGAAGGAUUGCAGCAGUUGUUUUGCCGAGGUGGGAUCUGAGUUGGUGAGUUGUCCUACAUCAAAUCUUGCUGAGCAGUAAAGCAUUCUAUUCCAACAGCAGUCUUCGUCUUCUCUUGUUGUUUAUUGAUUCGAGGUCCUAUCGGUUGCCUCCGAGAUUUCCUGCUCAUGCUUCAACCACUGGUUGAUCAAAUGGCAAUUCCUUGCUUCCCCAGCCAUGCUAGAGUGGUGGCCAUCGCACUGUGUCUCCUCCUCCAGUUUAGCUGCUGGAGUUGUUGCAGGAAUCAUUUGGCUUCAGCAUUUCUUGCCACCUUGUUCGUUCUGGUGCUCUCCACUUCUCUUCCGUUCUCUUUGCCAAGGAUCCGGCAGCUCGUCAAGUCCGACUCGAUCCAGAAACCAUCACCAGCUGACCAAGUUUUUGCUGACAAGAAGGUCGACGCAGCAGUCGCCGGGUCUGGAGAGGGAGAGUUGACGCACACUUGGACUUCAUCCGACAGCGGCACACCGGAUAGUCUAAGUCGAAGCGCGUCGCAGUUCUCCAACUUCGACGACGACGACGACGAGUCUCUGCCGGAGGAUGCUUGCCACUCGACGGAAAGCUCCGAGGAUUCCAUAUCCGACGACGAGAACCUCAUCGAGAUCUCGCUCCCCGAUGGCCAUUUCGUUGCACCUGAAAAGCCUAAAGCGCUGAUGAAGCCAUUGCCGGAUACGAGGAGAGGAUUCCUGACGAACCAUCUGCCGGAUUCGGUGCUGAGGCAACACGGCCUCAUGGAGCUCUUAUCGGAGAUCAACGAAGAGGACAACCUGAUCGAGAUCGAUAUAACCAGGGGGUCCAUAAAGUACUCGAGAGAGGGAAUCAAGGCAUAAUACGCUCAUCGUAUCACGUUAUUUUUGGUGAUAUAGCGGGAAGAUGAAAUGGUGGGUAGGAAGGAAUAAAAGAGACAUGGGAGUAGCCAUAGAUUUGGCUUUCUUGAAAGCCUGCAAUGCUGCUUAAAGCGUUAAAAGAACUAUGUUGGAGGAACUCAUCCUAAUGGCACUGCUUUCUCUUUUACCUUUUC